CUAAAAUAAAAUAAAAUAAAUAGAAAAGCAAAACAAAAACCCAUCAUCAAAUUCGGCACACUUUGAUUCAUACUCUUAUUUUAACCCUCUUUCUUUCUUUCGCUAGAGUUUUAGGGUUUGUGCUUGUAAUGGCAAUGGCAGCCCCAGGGCAACUGAACGUCAUUGAAUCGCCUUCGCGGGGAUCCCGAAGCGUUGAUUGCUUUGAAAAAUUGGAGCAAAUUGGUGAAGGAACUUAUGGUCAGGUUUACAUGGCUCGAGAAAUUGAAACUGGUGAAAUUGUUGCUUUGAAGAAAAUACGAAUGGACAAUGAGAGAGAAGGGUUUCCAAUAACUGCUAUACGGGAAAUCAAAAUUCUAAAGAAACUACAUCAUGAAAAUGUAAUCAAAUUGAAGGAAAUCGUCACAUCUCCAGGUCCUGAGAAAGAUGAUCAAGGAAGGCCAGAUGGCAACAAAUACAAAGGUGGCAUAUAUAUGGUCUUCGAAUAUAUGGACCACGAUUUAACAGGUCUUGCAGACCGACCUGGCAUGAGGUUUACUGUCCCUCAGAUCAAGUGUUACAUGAGGCAGCUCUUGACAGGACUUCAUUAUUGUCAUGUCAAUCAAGUGCUUCACCGUGAUAUCAAAGGAUCAAAUCUUCUCAUAGAUAAUGAAGGUAAUCUGAAACUGGCAGAUUUUGGAUUGGCACGGUCAUUUUCGAAUGAGCAUAAUGCAAACCUUACAAAUAGAGUCAUUACUUUAUGGUACAGACCCCCCGAGUUACUAUUGGGGACUACAAGGUAUGGGCCAGCUGUAGACAUGUGGUCCGUUGGGUGCAUUUUCGCCGAGCUGCUUCAUGGGAAGCCCAUCUUUCCUGGAAAAGAUGAGCCAGAGCAACUAAAUAAGAUUUUUGAGCUUUGUGGAGCACCUGAUGAGGUGAACUGGCCAGGAGUUCAAAAGACUCCUUGGUACAAUCAGUUUAAGCCGACAAGACCGAUGAAAAGGCGUCUGAGGGAUGUUUUCAGACACUUUGAUCGUCAUGCAUUGGAGUUGUUGGAGAAGAUGCUCACACUUGAUCCAGCUCAGAGAAUUCCUGCGAAGGAUGCACUUGAUGCUGAGUACUUCUGGACUGAUCCUUUACCAUGUGAUCCCAAGAGUUUACCCAAAUACGAGUCCUCACAUGAGUUUCAAACCAAGAAAAAGCGUCAGCAACAACGGCAAAAUGAAGAAAAUGCCAAGCGUCUUAAAAUGCAGCACCCACAGCAGCAUACCCGUCUUCCCCCGAUUCAGCAGGGUGGACAACAUGCCCAAAUGCGGCAAGGUCCUUCUCACUCUAUUCAUGGUUCCCAACCAGCAGUUGCUGCAGGACCUAGUCAUCAUUAUGGUAAGCCUCGAGGUCCCUCUGGUGGUCCGGGAAGAUAUCCUCCUGGUGGAAACCCUAGUGGGGGAUACAAUCAUCCAAAUCGGGGAGGUCAAACUGGGGGUGCUGGUUAUGGCAGUGGACCAUAUCCUCCUCAAGGGCGGGGGGCACCUUAUGGGUCUAGCGGUAUGCCUGCAGGACCCGGCGGUCCUCGUGGUGGAGGUGGAAGUGGCUAUGGAGUUGGAGCUCCAAAUUAUCCUCAGGGUGGUCCUCCCUAUGGUGGAUCGGCUGCUGGUCGUGGGUCAAACAUGGGUGGGAAUCGCAAUCAACAGUAUGGUUGGCAGCAGUGAAACAUUUUAUUAUCACAAUGAUUAUUUAUAUUGUUGUCAUUUGGCGAUACUCUGUGAGAUGGUAGAUUGAGAGUAUUUGCGAAAAACAUAUAUUUCCUAUGGAUUUUAGAUUGUUAUAUAAAUAAUAGUAUGGUUAUUACUUGAUCUGCCAAGAAGCCUUUGUGAAGCUCGUACCAUAAUUGUUCCUGAAAAGAGACUACAAAAAGGAAGGGAACUUCUUGAUGUUGUUGUAGCUGUUCAUUAUAAUAUUUUCUUUUAUGCUUUA